GAAUAAGGAAUAAGGAAUAAGGAAUAAGGAAUAAGGAAUAAGGAAUAAGGAAUAAGGAAUAAGGAAUAAGGAAUAAGCAAUAAGGAAUAAGGAAUAAGGAAUAAGCAAUAAGGAAUAAGGAAUAAGCAAUAAGGAAUAAGGAAUAAGCAAUAAGCAAUAAGCAAUAAGGAAUAAG